CGUCCUACUACUUGUUGCUGUUAACGAUUAGUGACAACGACAUUUCCAGGCAGCUUCAUUUCUACAGAGAGACCUGAACGCAGCAUCCAGAGCAAUGAAUUGAGGGUUGAGAAGGACGAUGAAAACAAACAUGGACAUCGAUCGAAAAUAUUAGCCCAACCUCUGACUGGCACUUGACGGAGAACCUGAGGCGAGAAAAGUGAGAAACCAGAGUUCAGAACCAUGGAGGCUCGCUUUGGUAAUAUUGUGUUCAGCUCCAAGUUUGACUCAGGGAACCUGGCACGUGUGGAGAAGGUGGAGAAGGGCAGCUCCAGCCCUGCUUCCGAUAUAGCUCCCAGUGGGAGUGCCCCCUCGGGGUCAAACCUUACCCCUGACUAUGAGUUCAAUGUGUGGACGCAGCCAGACUGCGCCGGCACGGAACACGAGAAUGGAAACAGAUCAUGGUUUUACUUCAGUGUGCGGGGUGCAGCACCUGGAAAGAUACUGAAGAUCAAUGUGAUGAACAUGAACAACCAGAGGAAGCUCUACAGCCAGGGCAUGGCUCCUCUGGUGCGCACUUUACCUGGCAAGAACCGGUGGGAAAGGAUCAGGGACAGACCCACUUCUGAGAUUGUAGAUAACCAGUUCAUCCUCUCAUUCACUCACCGCCUGCUGGAGGUGCGAGGGGCGACCACCUACUUCUCCUUCUGCUACCCGUUCUCUUACAGUGAGUGCCAGGAGAUGCUGCAGCAGUUGGACCAGAGCUACCCCAAUGCUGCUCAACUCAGUCCGAGCAGUGCACCGGACAGUGUGUAUUACCAUAGGGAGUUGCUGUGCGACUCCCUAGAUGGCAAUAGGGUGGACCUGCUCACUGUGACCAACUGCAAUGGGAUGCAAGAGGAGAGAGAACCCCGUCUGCCUGAGCUGUUUCCCGACACCAAGACUCCAAGACCACACUGCUUCUCUGGCAAAAGGGUGUUUUUUCUCAGCAGUCGAGUGCACCCCGGGGAGACUCCCUCAUCAUUUGUGUUUAACGGUUUCCUCAACUUUAUCCUAAGAAAAGAUGACCCUCGUGCCCAUGCACUUCGAAACAUGUUUGUGUUCAAGCUCAUUCCUAUGCUCAACCCAGAUGGGGUUGUUCGUGGGCACUACAGGACUGAUUCCAGGGGUGUGAACUUGAACAGACAGUACCUGAACCCCAGCCCUGAACUGCACCCUUCCAUCUAUGCAGCCAAAACACUGUUGCUCUACCACCACACACACAACCGCCUGCAUAAUACACAGUCCAGCACUCACUGUAACAGCCUCACACACGCACAGACCCCUCCCCUUUACAUCAAACCCGCCAAUCAGCAUCAAUCUCCUCCCUUCACGGCCCUUGAAGUCAGCUUGAACCAACGAAAUGCAGAGAAGGACGCAAAUCCCGCGCAGCCAGAGGUUCCCAUGGUGACGGAGGAAAACGUCUGGGUCACCACAGAGGUGGGGAAGGGGAACCAGAACAGCUCAUCGAGCUCCUCAGAGACUGCAGCUCCUGUUACUGUAGAGGUAACAGUACCACAGGUGGAGGAACAGGAAUCAAUUCCACCCCAGGAAGGGGGCGUGGCAUAUUAUGUGGACUUACAUGGCCACGCCUCUAAGCGGGGAUGCUUCAUGUACGGAAAUAACCUACCUGACGAGAGCCAGCAGGUAGAGAACAUGCUGUAUCCAAGGCUGAUUGCUGUGAACUCUGCCCACUUUGACUUCCUGGGCUGUAACUUCUCUGAGAAAAACAUGUAUGCGCGAGACAAGAGAGAUGGCCAGUCUAAGGAGGGCAGCGGGCGGGUGGCCAUUCACAAGGCCAUAGGGCUGCUUCACAGCUACACUUUGGAGUGCAACUACAACACAGGAAAAACCAUGAACACCAUCCCACCUGCUUGCCAUGACAACGGACGGGCAACCCCACCUCCACCUCCAUCAUUCCCUCCAAAAUACACUCCAGAAAUAUUUGAACAGGUGGGGCGUGCCGUAGCUAUCUCAGCCCUGGAUAUGGCAGAGUGUAACCCCUGGCCACGGCUGGUGCUGUCUGAGCACAGCUGCCUGAUGAACCUUAGAGCUUGGAUCCUCAAGCACGUCCGCAACACCAAAGGCCCGAACACAAACCCCCACGCUCAUCCUCCACUAAGAAUACACCACAAUGGCAGCAAGGCGUCGCCGCCAAAGAGCUUCAACAACUGUCUGUCUGGCUCAGCGUCGGAGAACACCCUCAGUCGUGUUCGCUGCAACAGCCACAGUAGCAGCAGCCAGACACCCUCCCCGAAUAUGCACAGCUCCCCGAGCUUUACUUUUGGCUGCCCCCCACCCCGAACUCACACACAGCACAACAGCACGCACACCAGCGGACGUGGAGGCAACAAGACACUCGGGCCAGUCAGGGACCCUAAGCCUCAAGAGAAGAGACGCCCCCCCCACCACCGCUCCAUCCUACGGUCUCCUAGCAACAGCCACACACCCUCCCGCCCCCCGCUCUCACCCCCUUCCUCCUCCUCCUCCUCCUCAUCUUCCUCAGUGUGUGCGGCAGGCUCCUGUCCCCUCCCGGCCUCCGUCUGUAUGACAGGCCUCAGCUGCCCAGACUUUCAGGCUGGUGGUCCCAGUUCAGCCAGUUGGUCCAGAAUGCCUUUCCCCAUGCGUCCUGGGCGUGUGGGGAGAGGGUGCCGAAGUCUUACAAUCACUCAUCACCCCACAGAGACUGCUAAAGACUUGGGGCCUGAACACAUCAUUUCCUCCAUCAAAUUUAGCAAGUGUGAGCUGCAACCUCAUACGAGCCGCAUCCCCGUCCGGAGGGUGGGGUCAACUGAAACCCCUCCUAGACAUGACAGUAAAACAUCCCCUACCAGCAUUAACCCAGUCUCAUCUGGAGAUAAGGACAAGUCAGCCACCAUGAAGGUUUGGAAGCUGCUUAGACCUGGCCUCCAUCGACACCUGUCACUGUCAGGUGUAUCGGGGAAAGAGGGUAAAUCACUAACGAAGAAGAGCACAGACAGGAGUUUCCACUACAAAGGAAAUACUAUUAUAGAAACUGCACCAGAGAAGGAUGACACUCUGCAACAGGUUGAGGAAACUCCAGUGAUGCCUCUGCCUGAGACUGUGAACAUGUGUGAGACAGUGACCCUGUGUGGAGAAGCUUAGGAACUGCACGAAACCAUUUCAAACAAGGAAACAGGAGGGGACAGUGUCUUCACAGGAGGAUUAUUUGGGGUAUCUUAAUGUGCAAUACAACAUUUUUAACAUUAUUUAUUCAGAUUUUCUACAGCAUGCAUGGUGUUUUCAAUUAAUGCGGUUCAACAUAGAGAUGGAGCAGGUGGGGGUUAAGUGCCUAGCUCAAUGAAACCAGUGGCUGAGGAAGGGGAGGGGUACAAACUUUCCAACUGAUCAAGAAUCCAUAGACUUGAAAUAUCCUGUAACAUUUCAGCUGCCAUCAUUGUACCUCACAUAUCAGUUUUUGUAAUUGUAGUCCUUUCCUUCUGCUGUCACCUCCCCUAAACAGAUGUUAAAUGCACUCUGACUAACAGUUACGCACUGAUAAGUAUUUUCAGUCACUUGCUACUUGUACCACUGCAGCAAAUUCAGACUGACAAGCACGGCAGCACCUUUAUAACCUAAUUUCCAUGGUGAGUUUAGAGACAAAUGUGUGUGAAAAGUGUUUUUAAUGUAAUUAUUCCAGAAGUUCGUUGUGGUUUGCGUAUAGUGCCUAUAGAAAAUAUUCAUACGCUGUUGGACUUUUUCAUGGUUUGUUUUACACAGAUGUAAGUAGGAUUUUUUGACUUUGAUCAACAGCAAAGAAAAUGAAAUGUCAAAUUAUAAAAUAGUAAUGUUCUAAGUGCAAAUAUGAAACAAUAAUUAACUGCUCAAGUAUUCAACCACUUUAUUAGAACACACCUAAAUUACUGAUGCAGGAGUUUUUAGAAUUCUCAUAUUUAAUAGAAGUCACCUGUGUGUGAGCCUUGUGUGGCAAGUGAUUUUGAGAUAAAUACUUGUACCUGGAAGGUUCAGCUACUACUUAGAAAGGACAAUAAGACAAGGUUACUGAAAAGUGCCAGAGUAAUGUAACAAAAAAACUCCAAGGCUCUGAACACCUGGAAGAAAACAAACAUGGCACAGCUGUAUAUCUGCCUACAGCAGACUACCCUCAAAAAGUACAAGUGUCCUUGUGAGAAGGACCCUAGUGAGAGAGGACACUAAAUCCCAUGAAGCCUGGCAGUGGCAGCAUCAUGCUGUGGGGAUGCUUCUCUGCAGCAGGCUUGUGGAAAUCCAUUUUCCACAUAUACAUGAAGCCAGUUACGAGUGGUUUAAAAACAAGUCAGAGUCCAAAGUUAAUACAGACCCAAAACAGACUAAUGGCUGCAAUUGUUGCCAAAGGUGCAUCUAAAAAAUGAUUUUACUUUGAUUUGUAAAGAGUCUAGUUAUACCCACAGUGAUUUAAUAACAUAAGGUCCAAUGGGUGGGUAAAUUCUUGUAUACACACUAUUGAAUAUACACUUUCCCUGUCACAUAUUCAUAUUAUAUAAAUAUUUGUGUAAGUGAAAUAUGCAUAUUUUAAACCCAGUGACAAAUACUGACUUUUACCAAAAUAAUUAAAUGGUGAAAUUAAGUGGUAUAAUACUGUGUUGGAACUUGAAACAAACUUGAAGUAUGAAUAAAUUAACAAAGUCCCA